CACCUUUUCCCCUUGGACUCAAGCAGUACAUAAUAGUGUAGUGCCUGUGUAUGUGUGUGUGUGUGUACAUGGCAUGUAGGCAUCUCAUCACUAUUCUCAUCAUCGUCAACAUACUCAUGACCGUCACCACUACCCCUACCAUCACCUCCAGUAGAAAAUUUCAAGCCUUCACGAAGGAUAGAAGCUAAGAAAAGUCGAUGAAACAGUGCGCUUCCAUCAGAGUGGUCUGCCCUUGUUGACAGACUCUGCAUCAACAGCGACCGCGGCCAAGACAGUGAAGGAAUACGAAUACGACGAAUACGACGAGUUCGACGACGACGACGACGACAACGGUGGCGGCCAAUGCGGGGUUCACCCACCCAUCAUCAUAUACGAUAGUGGACUGGAGUGAGGGGGACUCUCGGCGCUCGCGGAACCCGAUUUGGAGAGCUGACGACGACAAAAAAGAUCGGAUCAAACCGUCUACGGCAUUCUAAAAGACCAGUUUCAUCAAGUUGCCCAAGGUGUGGAGAUGUGAAUAAGCGACCAAGUCAGGAAUAAAACACAUACGAUUGAUCACAUGCGAGUUAUGAAGAGGCAUCUCCUCCGACUUGGCAUUGUUCCUAGUUUACGAACAUGAGGAUUUUUAUUAUUGCUCCGAUCCCUACAACCUCCAAUCUCAAGUGCCAGUAACACAUUCAAAAGAUGGGCUCCAAGAGGCUCCUCGAAGACUUCCGAGUCUUUGGGGGAACCCUCAUUCUGUUCCUACUCUUUUGGACACCCUUGUGUCAGAGCCUGACAGGUGGACACUACAAGUGCCAUUCCCAUCAAGAGGGUCAAAAGGUGCCAAUAUUUUUGGUGAAUAACAUCAAAGUCGUUUGUCAGUGCGUCGAUGGAAUUCUCGACAAUUGUGAGAUGCCCUCGUGUCUCAAGGCCCUUGAAGGCUGUCACUACGUUGAAGAGAGCAAACAGGGCGCAUGUCAACAAGUAUGUAAAUCUUGCGUUCAGAAUGGAACACGUUACAAAAGCGGUGAAACUUGGGAUGAUCCCGCUGACCAAUGCACCAUCAACGAAUGCUUCUCGGGCGUAAUCACCAGAUCCCAGAUUGAGUGCCCUAUACCAAUGUGUUCCAAUCCGGUUCAUGUUCCUGGACAAUGCUGCCCCUCUUGUGAUCGAUGCUCGAGGGGAGGCAUGACUUACCAAAAUGGGGAGACGAAAGCCGAUAUCACCAAUCCAUGCAAUAUGUGCACGUGCUUGGAGGGCCGUCUCACUUGUUCCCGGAACGCUUGUCCAGUUCUUCCCUGUAAAGAGCAUUUGGUGAAGAAAAUCCCGGGACAGUGUUGACCGGUGUGUUCCCGUCAACAUGCGCCAUUGAACCCUUCAUUUGGGCGCCUCCGUCAGAUGUGCCACUUCAAAGGUAAGGUGCUCAAUGUGGGUUCCAAAGCCUCUCCAGAUCUCUGCACCACAUGCACAUGCACCUCUUCUCUCGUGAUGCAAUGUGAACGAGUUGUUUGUCCGACUUUGCCUUGUGCCAAAUUGGAACAAAAAUCUCGCGAUGGAGAGUGUUGUCCCACAUGUGAAAUGCGGUUGGAUCAAGCCUUACACGAAGCAUUGCCAGCAAUCAAAUCAGUUCCUAACCAUUGUAGCUUGGACGGGGAUGACUACAAGAAUGGUCAGACGUGGACUAGUAAUUGUCGCGAGUGUUCGUGUUCCAAUGGCGAGAUCAAAUGCAUCCCAUUGAAAUGCCAGCAAUUGACUUGUCCUCCCAACGCGAGGAUGGUCCACAAAGAAGGCCAAUGUUGUCCUCAGUGUGAAGAAGGUGUGUGUACCGUGUUCGGCGAUCCACAUUACAAAACGUUUGAUGGUCGGAUCUUCAACUUCCAAGGCAGUUGCAAGUACCUCUUAGCCAAGGAUUGCAGCAAGGACAGGAACUCAACGUUCUCCAUACGAAUUACCAAUGAUGCCCGAGAUUCGUUCGCCUUCAGCUGGCUUCGUACCGUGACAGUCAGACUCGAGGGCGUGAAGGUUUCUCUCAUGCAAAAGAUGAAGGUCAAAGUGGACGGAAAAAGGGUUUCCUUACCUUACAUCAAGUUAGGAUCCCUCUCAGUCAUGAAAGAUGGAUACCGCGUGGUUCUGAGAACCAAUACAGGUGUGCGGAUCCUGUGGGACGGCGUGAGUUUUCUAGAGCUCACUGUUCCUCCUCAGUAUCAAAAUCGUCUUUGCGGAUUAUGUGGCAACUUCAAUGGCCAAAGUAACGACGACUUUUAUGGUCGCCGAGGACGUCUCUAUCGUGAAGGGCAGAGCUUUGGCGACUCGUGGCGAGUCGGAGGUUUGAAAGCCUGUUCGGUGCUGCCUAAGGACAUGCCCGCCUCAUACGAGCCGCAAUGCACUCAGUCCUGGGAAAAACGCAUCCAAUCCGAUCGCAAUUGCAAUGCUUUGACCUCCAACCUCUUUGAGCAAUGUGCCAAGAAAGUGGACAUUAAUUACUUUCAUAAUGCUUGCAAAUUGGACAUGUGCGAGU